AUGAAACAGAUAAUCGAGGUGGGAGGCAUCCGUACGGAGGCAUUUGUGCUUCGUGCCGAAGAACCCGUGAGCGACAUCACGCUCGUCGUUGUUCCUGGCAAUCCUGGCGCAAUUGAAUUCUAUGUGGAGUUCAUCACGGAGCUCUUCCACCUUCUCGAGCAGAGAUACUCCAUUGUGGGCGGCCAUGCGCCCCAGCAGCUCAACGGCGAUGCCAUCUACACGCUGCAGGACCAAAUCCGGCACAAGAUCGAUUAUUUGGACAGCUUUGGCGGGAAGAGUCGAUUCGUGCUGAUGGGCCACUCGGUCGGAGCCUACAUCUCUCUUCAGGUGACCAAGCGACGCCCGGACUUCCCCAUUCUCAAGGUCAUCAACCUGUUCCCUACGGUGAGGGACCUCUACCAGGGUCUCCCGCCCCCGGUCAAGGUGAUCAUGCGGCCGGGCCUGCGGCAGCUCAUCGGCUGCAUCGUGCACUGCAUUCCCACCUUCGUCAAGCGCGCCAUCUUGUCCCUGGCCCGAUCGAACUUCGAUCAAUCCACGCGCGAACUCGUGACGGGAAUGCUCAAGUACUUUCUCUUCGUCAUCGUCAUCGUCAUCAACGUGCUGUACAUGGCCUAUCUGGAAGCCUACGAGAUCCUCGAUCUCGACGAAGACCUGCUGCGCCACGACGAGCACGAAGUGCGGCCCACGCUGCUCUUCCUCUACGGCCGCACCGAUCCCUACACUCCCAUGGAGUUCCACGACGCCAUGAAGAUGCUCAUGCCCGACGGGCAUGUGCAUCUGGCCGAGGAGGAGGUGCCGCACGCCUUUGUGUUGAAGCACUCGAGCCCGGUGGCCCGUCGGGUGGCCCACUUUCUGGAGGACAUAUUGGAACAUCAACAAGAAGUGGACGACGAAGAAGAAAACAAAGCGUAA